UCUAGACUGCCGUGAGCUAGCUGUAAGUGUUCCCAUCCAACCAUGGAGGACGGGCCCAUCGCCACCCCUCCUCUAUCCACUUCUCUGCCAGAGGAAGACGCUGCUCCACGAUCCGUCGACACAUCGCUAGUCGAGGAGGAGACUCCGGUUGUAGAGCUACCUUUGGAUAAUUCGACACCGCAGUCACAGGAGGAAGCUCUCGAGCAACGCGACCCGUCCCCCCCGCCAGUGACUGCCUCAGAGGAAAUAUCAGCGCCGGAGGAGCAUUCUCAAGACGUGGAAGUUCCGGACGCGUCCCAACCAGAGAUACCUCUCGAGACACCCGGCAUCCCGCCCACCCCUCCUACGAAGCCUGUCACUCAUCCUAUCGCCGCGAAUGGCUCCGCAGUCGAGCCAUCUACUCCUGGCGCUGAAUCCCAACGACCGUCUUUGACUAUCUCGAGAGCGAACAAUGUUUCUGUGGUGUUGAUCACCUCCGCGCUGGAAACCAUUGCUGCUUCGAAGGAGGCCAAACGAUCGGGUCCUCUCCGGGACAGCACCUCCCGGGCGCUUGAGCUUGUUAGGGCGAAUCAGGGUGGUGACCAUCCGCAGGAGGUGUUCGAGCCUCUCCGUUUGGCUUGCGAAACCAGAAACGAGAAGCUUAUGAUCGCUAGCUUGGACUGCAUUUCAAAGCUCAUCUCAUAUUCCUUCUUCGCAGAGAGUACGCCGCCUGGAUCUCAUGGACUUCCCUCCCCGCCUCCCUCGCCCAAUCCUACUCGACGGACCUCAGUAAACGACUCUACUGAAAACCUGCAUCCCCCGUCCCUGGUCGACCUUGUCGCCAGCACAAUCGCGUCUUGUCACACGGAAACCACACCAGAAACCGUCUCUCUACAAAUAGUCAAGGCUUUGCUCUCGUUGGUCCUAUCUCCGACCAUCUUGGUGCACCAGUCGUCCUUGCUCAAGGCAGUCCGCACUGUCUACAACGUUUUUCUUCUGAGCUCGGACCCCGUCAACCAAAUGGUGGCCCAAGGCGGUCUUACGCAAAUGGUGCAUCACGUCUUCACGCGCUGUAGCGUGAGCGCGACUGUGCAUUCGUCUGAUUCGACGCGGUCUACGGCGAGCAGCACCCUCGCCGAAAGCUCCGAGUCUUCCACGCAGCUCAGUGUCCCGGAGGAUACCAAGCCCGAGACAAGACCGGACGAUGUCGAAGCCGAAAUAGAUCAGCCGGUGCAGAGCAAUAGCAACGGGGCGAAUGGUCACCAUGAUGACCAUCCCGAAUCGCCCACUGACAGCCAUUCCUUACCUGAUUCGGCACGGCACGAGCUGACGAUGAAUGACCUGUUCAUCAAAGACGCCUUCCUUGUUUUCCGGGCAUUGUGUAAGCUGACUAUGAAGCCUCUGAACCCAGAGAGUGAACGAGACAUCAAGUCUCAUGGGAUGCGGUCCAAACUCCUUUCUCUCCAUCUUGUUCUGACGAUCUUGAAUUCACAUAUGCCUCUUUUCGUCGAUCCUGCCGCCAUCAUCCACUCCAACACGUCUCACGAGUCGACAACUCUGGUGCAGGCCAUCAACCAGUACCUCUGUCUCAGUCUCAGCAACAACGCCGUCAGUCCUGUACCCCAAGUGUUCGAGAUCAGUGUCGAGAUCUUCUGGAGAGUCAUUUCUGGCAUGCGCACCAAGCUCAAGAAAGAGAUUGAGGUUCUGUUGCACGAGAUCUUCAUUCCCAUCCUGGAAAUGAGGACAUCCACUCUCAAGCAGAAGGCUGUGAUCCUUGGAAUGCUAUCGCGUCUGUGCCAAGAUCCUCAAGCGCUGGUUGAGAUAUACCUUAACUACGACUGCGAUAGUGAAGCCGCGGACAACAUAUAUGAGCAUUUGAUGAACAUCAUCUCCAAAAUAGGGAGCAUGUCGUCUGUCGCAGUCGCACCCAAGCAGAACGAGCCGGCGAGUCCUGCCCUUAGUCCCACUGUCAACAAGACCCAGCACGGGGGCGUCCCUCCCUCGCUGAGCACGGCAUCGUUGGCUGUCUCUGGGUCAAUGGACACGUCGACGAUGGGUCUCUCAGAAGCACAGCUGAGAAGACAAGGGCUGGAAUGUCUCGUGACGGUCCUGCGGUCUCUAGUCGCCUGGGGCACUGCUUCGGGAAAGCUGUCUGCUGAUCCUGUGGCGACGCCGUCCAGUCGCUCCCAAAUUGGAUCUCAGAACAGCGACGAAACGAGGCGGAACUCUACCGCCGGAGAUUCUAUCGCCGACAGGCUUUCCGCGGGGCCCAGCGUUGAAGCCCUGAGACAACCUACGCCGGAUAUCGCCGACGAUCCCAAUCGGUUUGAGAGUGCUAAGCAGAAGAAGACGACCUUGCUGGAGGGAAUCAAAAAGUUCAACUUCAAGCCCAAACGGGGCAUUCAGUUCUUGAUGGAAACGGGCUUCAUUGCUAGCAAUGCGCCGCAAGACAUUGCUCAGUUUUUAUUGACCACGGAUGGCCUGAACAAAGCGAUGAUUGGUGAAUAUCUCGGUGAAGGUGAGGACGAAAAUGUGGCGAUCAUGCAUGCCUUUGUGGAUCUUCUUGACUUCAAGGAGUCUCCUUUCGUCGAUGCCCUGCGACUUUUCUUGCAAUCGUUCCGUUUGCCCGGUGAAGCUCAGAAGAUCGAUCGAUUCAUGCUCAAGUUCGCCGAGCGCUACAUUGACGGUAACUCUUCAACGCCAUUUGCAAAUGCCGGUGCAUGCCGCUUACGUUCUGGCGUACUCUGUCAUCUUGCUGAACACGGAUCUUUUCAACCGCAAGUCAAGCGCAGGAUGACCAAGACCGACUUCAUCAGGAACAAUCGUGGGAUCAACGACAAUGCCGAUUUGCCGGAGCAGUUCCUGUCAGAGAUUUUCGACGAGAUCGCGUCGAAUGAGAUCAGGAUGAAGGAUGAGAUUGAUGCUGCCACUGGAACGACUGCUGGACAGCCUGGACUUGCCAAUGCGCUGGCAAAUGUUGGCAGAGACUUGCAGAAGGAGGCGUACGUCCUCCAAACCAGUGGAAUGGCCAACAAGACUGAGGCCCUAUUCCGAACGAUGACUCGCUCUCAACGGAAAGGCGGCCACGAGUUCUUCAGCGCUUCGCACUUUGCGCACGUGAAGCCGAUGUUCGAAGUCGCGUGGAUCCCGUUCUUGGCUGGACUGUCUGGGCCGCUGCAGGACACUGAUGACUUGGAGGUGGUCGAACUCUGUCUCGAUGGAUUCAAGAGCGCAAUCCGCAUCGUGUGCUUCUUCGAUCUGGAGCUUGAACGCAAUGCGUUCGUGACAACACUGGCCAAGUUCACGUUCCUCAACAAUUUGGGUGAAAUGAAGACCAAGAAUAUGGAGGCUAUCAAGACGUUGCUCGAUAUCGCUGUGACCGAGGGCAACCAUUUGAAGAGCUCCUGGCACGAUGUGCUCACGUGUGUCAGUCAGCUUGAGCAUAUGCAGUUGAUCGGUGGUGGAUCCGAGUCGGAUGCUGGGCGUAAGGGCCGGUCAAGGAAGGUUCCAACGGAAGAGUUGGCGAACGAGAGUCGAUCCACUCACAUCACCGUUGCCACCGACAUGGUUUUCUCGCUCAGUCACUACUUGUCGGGCGAAGCCAUCGUCGACUUUGUCCAGGCACUCAGUGACGUGUCCUGGGAAGAGAUCCAGUCCUCCGGUCUGUCUCAGCACCCGAGACUGUUCAGCUUGCAGAAACUGGUUGAGAUCUCCUAUUACAACAUGAACCGCAUCCGUCUCGAGUGGUCCAAUCUUUGGGAGAUCCUCGGUUCCCACUUCAACAAAGUUUGUUGUCACAACAAUCCUCAUGUUUGCUUCUUUGCAUUGGAUUCCCUGCGUCAGCUCGCGAUGCGCUUCCUAGAGAAGGAGGAGCUGCCCCAUUUCAAGUUCCAGAAGGAUUUCCUGAAGCCGUUUGAGCACACCAUGGCUCACAACCCCAAUCCAGAUAUCCAACGCAUCGCAACAUCGGCCUUUGAGAUUGUCACACGACUGAACAAGGACCACUUUGGCGCGAUCGUCCGCCACGGAGCCUUCGCUGAUCUAACUGUGUGCAUCACCGAAUUCUGCAAAGUGAGCAAGUAUCAGAAGAUCAGUCUCCUGGCCAUCGGCAUGCUUCGGGGUGUCAUUCCUGUGAUGCUGGAAUGUCCCGAAUGUUCAUGGCCCACUGCAGCGUCUGGUGGCGAGGGCCCGAUGGACGAUAGCAUGAUCAGGUACUGGUUCCCUGUCUUGUUCGGCUUCUACGACAUCAUCAUGAACGGAGAAGAUCUCGAAGUGCGAAGAUUGGCCCUGGAUUCGUUGUUCACAACUCUCAAAACGUAUGGCAAAUCAUACCCCGUCGAAUUUUGGGACACUGUCUGCCGGGAGCUGCUGUUCCCGAUAUUUGCUGUCCUCAAGUCGAGCCAGGAUGUGUCCAGAUUCAACACUCAGGAAGACAUGAGUGUGUGGCUGUCCACGACCAUGAUACAGGCCCUGCGGGAUUUGAUCGACCUGUAUACCUUCUACUUUGAUAUCUUGGAACGGCUUUUGGACGGUCUGCUGGACUUGCUGUGUGUCUGCAUAUGCCAGGAAAACGACACACUCGCUCGGAUCGGUACAUCCUGCUUACAACAGCUUCUAGAAAACAAUGUGCAAAAGCUCAGUCCGGCACGAUGGGAACGAGUGGCCACGACUUUUGUGAGACUCUUCAAGACCACGACGCCCCACCAACUCUUCGACGACAGUCUCCGCAUCGAAAUCGACAGUGCAAGCCCAGAGCCCUCGGAAGCUGCAGAACUGAAUGGCCAGACCAUCUUGCCUGCGCCGCUGUCCCCGAAUGGCGAGCGACCCGAAAUGCAUCCAUCAAGCGCCGACAGGCGCCGUGUUUUCAAGCAAAUCAUCGUCAAAUGUGUGCUGCAGCUGUUGCUCAUCGAGACAACGAACGACCUGCUCCGCAACGAUCAGGUGUACAGCACGAUGCCGCCUGAUCAGCUCUUGCGGUUGAUGGGUGUGCUGGACCACAGCUAUCAGUUUGCCCGCAGUUUCAACGACAACAAGGAGCUCAGGACAGGGCUUUGGAAAGUCGGUUUCAUGAAGCAUCUGCCGAAUCUUCUCAAGCAAGAGUCGAGCAGCGCCUCGACCUUGGUCCAUGUUCUCCUCCGGAUGUACUAUGAUGGCCGACCUGGACAUCUCGCUGCCCGUCCCCAGAUUGCAGAUCGGCUAAUGCCAUUGAGUCUGACUGUCCUGCGCGACUACAACAAGCUGCGAGCGGACACGCAGUCGAAGAACAUCGUCGCCUGGACACCCGUCGUCGGCGAGAUCUUAGAUGGCUUCUGCCGGUUCGACGAGAAAACUUUCCGCGGAUUCCUUUCUGUAACCUACCCACUGGCUACGGAACUUCUUGGCCGCGAUCUCAGCCCUGAAAUCAGAUUGUCUCUCAAGACCUAUUUCACUCUGGUGGGCGUCACCAAGGAUAUCAUGGACCGGCAUUCCACAUAA